AUGCGUCAUCGAAGACUGGUGCCGUCUACCAAAGUCAAUCGAGAGGCUGAGGCCGCGCGGAUCAAGCGCAAACAAGAUCGGUUCGAACAUGAACAAGCCAUUGAGGCAGCUCAAGUAUUUGAAGAGCUCGAGGCAAAGAACAUCUUUUCUGCGCUCCCUCCAGAGGUUCGAGAAAUGAUUUGGCGCUGCCUCCUCGUACGACCUGCCACCAUAUUGCCGGGCUGGAUUCGUUGGACUUAUCUUAUCGAGCGGAAGAUUGGGAAUAAAAAGCCUCGGCUCUACCAACGCGAAGGUCGAAGCUAUAAGUACCAGUUCAACGAACGCCGUCAAGUCGACCGCCCGCUCAACGACCCGCGGAAUCACUCCUGGUUUACUCCACUGCCAGACUACCGCUUGCACAAUCCUCUGCAUAUGGCCAUCACAGUGCCGACUGAGCCUACUCCAGCCCAAGCUGAGAUGAUUGCAAAUGGCUGGAGAGAUCUUCCCUUCACCUAUGAUCACGGAGAAGGAACUCAAGUUGCCUGUCAAGUUGUCAUCCGCGGCAAUCCUGAAGAUCCUGACAAUCCCGAACACCCUGAACGUCAAUUCCCUCAAGUUCUCAAUCGAGUCAAGUUGCGCGUUGAACCAAUCCAUGGUGUUGCCAUGCUACGAGUAUGCAAGCAAGCUUUCGCCGAAUGCAGCAGAUUGCUAUAUCGCGAAAACACCUUUGCUUUCGACACCGACAACAACGAGGGCAAAUUCAAUGCUCACGAGCCCAAGGAGUUAACCCAUGAUGUAGCCUGGAUUCCUGGAGUGCGGCAACGGAACGGAGAACCACAGACAGCUGAACAAUUUCAAGCUGCCAUGACGGAGAUGUUCACCGAUGGCGCUUGGCGACCCAUGUUCGUGGCUCGAGACCCUAUGUUAUCCUUCUUCAGCCGCAUCGGUCGUGUCAACACUGCAUACUUAACCAAAGUUAGGAUCGAGGGACGGUUAAAGACAGCCCCUGGCCCAAGAAAAAAAGCUCUGUACAUUGGAUUCUCUCGCGUUCUUAGCAUCCUCACUCCUAUAUUGAAAGCUGCUUGUCCCAACCUCAAGGAACUUGCCUUGCUUGUACAUGGCUUCGAGGAUGAGGAUGAAGAACAAAAAUGGUUCUGGGACCACGAUCCUCACAACAAGGCUAAGUUGACGGACGAAGAUAGAAUCGACGCGAUGGCUGAGAAUGUCGUUAAGAAAUUGGAUACGGUGAAAGUCCUCAGGUUGGACUUUCCUUAUAUCUUCAAAAAGACUGAUUAUGAAGUUGACUUCAAUGGUGAUGGAGAAGCAGACAACGACAGCGACGAUAGCGAGAGUGAAGAGAGUGACGAAAGUGACGAGACUGAAGAGACUAAAGACAGUGAAGAAAGUGAAGAAAGCGAGCAGAGUGAGUGGGGCGAGGGGGUUGAGGUUGUGGAGAGUGAGGAUACGGAGAGUAGUGAGGAGAUCGAGAACAGUGAGGCAAGUGAGGAUAACGACAUUCAAGAUGACGUCGAUGCUGAGGAAGAUUCAGAAUCUGACUUCGAGGACGAGUGGGGUAGAUCAACGAGAUGGAUUGACUGGGUCAAGCAAAGAGCAAGGGAUCAAAGAACUGCAGACCCUGAGGUACGGGACGAGGACACAAGUGUGGCGCUGGUGACCACAGGUGACCCUGGUCCUAGCCAAGGAGAGGCAAGUGGUUCCCGUGGCAGAGGCAAUGGGAGAGGGCGCGGUCAAAGCCGUGCUCGGGGUGGACGAGGACGAGGUUGA